CACCAGCAUUGGAUGGCCACCUAGUAAUUGAGCCCAUACAUAGCCGAUCACGCUGAUCAAGGCACGAAAGAGAGGAAGUGGUCCAUCGCCGGCCAUUGAGAGGGCGAUACGAUCCCGGACACUGCCGCUCUCAGCCACACAAGGCCAGUUCUCUCCACGUCAUAUUCCAUCAGCGAAACGCGUAUACUAUUUCCAAGUCUAGGAAACCAUUUCGCCGGUUUUUCACAGUUAGUGCAUACGAAGGUUAUCGGUCUAGGCAUCUAUAUCAGUCAAUUCUCUCUCUACCUCACUUUGCGACCUCACUCAACCAACAUCUAGAAGAAUUCCAAAGUCAUCACAUAGCACCGGUAGACACGAAUACUUCCGUCAUGGCAGACCAGGGUUACUAUCCUCCAGCUCCGUCUCAUCCUUCAGAACCACAACCCUUUGCUACACAACAGAACGCAAAUUAUCCUCCUCCGCCAACCAUGCCUCCACAAGCAAACGACAUGACUCAAGCUCACGAGGGACAGCCAUCAGCAGUGUACCCGCCACCAACAGUCCCCCAGAUCCACGAACCUCCGCCACCAGCACUUCCUCAACGACACGCUAAUCACGACGUUAAGGCUCACGCCAUCCAACAGCCUCAACCUCCAUCUUACAACCCGGGUCAGUAUGCCGGUCAACAAUCCUUUCAGCCCGGUCAACAAUUCCAACCGCCUCCACAGCGCAUUAAGCAGGCCUUCUCAGCAGAAGACGACCCAUCAAACCCGAUCCACUACAUCCGAGACCCGCACAAGCUAAUCGGCUAUCUGGUCCCUUUUCCUAAACCGAGACUCGCCAACGCUCAGCCGGAAGAGGUUCCCUCCCGAUUUAUGAUCUACACACCACCACCUCCACCACUGCAGAAACCCACCGAAGGCGGCAAGGAAGGCAAAUUGCACAAAGUCCAACGCAAAUGGCAAGAAGAAGUCCGUUCUGCCAAGACUAGCAGCGCCAAAACUGCAUCCUGGAAAGGUCUCAAGUCCAAAGCGACCAAGGGCAUCGACUGGGCCAUGAACAAGACGACAUCUUCAAACCUGGACUUCUUAGGACGCGUGUCCCCGGCACAGUCGGACGACGAGCGUGAAGGCGACGAGACUCACAAAACUGUGGAGGUCGAAGAGAUGGUCCUGAUUUACCCGCCGACUAUGCAACUGAAUGACCAGCAAAUGCGGGAGGAGUUCGUCAAUACGAUGCUGCGGACCAAGUCGAAGGCACAGCGGGACACAAUUAUCGCAACCGGGCUGAUGCCCGUAGGCUAUGGGAUCGAUAUCCUAGCAACCUUCAUCUGGCCGUUUGGCGGGCUCGGCGAGAUCGAUACCGUGUGGGCCUACGCAAGUUUCCGUGGGGCGAAAACGGCGCGCAGCGUGACCAAGAGACUCAGUAGCAGUAGUUCUUCAGGCGACCAUGAGAAGGACCAGUUGAAGCUCAGAUUCACGCACAGCCAGCGCAUUGACGUUCUGAGACGGUACUUAGACGCCGAGUGCCACAAGGUGGAUAGCAAGUUGUUCCCGGGAUAUACGACGAGUCCUACGGAGAGUGAUGUGCUUGAAGCGAUCGGAUGGACGCCCAGUGAACGGCGGAGAGCGGGUGAUGGGGAAGAUGAGAAGAGAAAUUGGGAGGACGAGGCAUGGGAGAUGGAAGAGGUCAAGGAGGACCUUAGGAGUACUUUCCACAAGGCAGCCAGGGAAUGGAGGAAGUGGUGCCUUCUGCUUGAGAAAAAUCCGGAAAAGGCCAUGAAGAAGUGAGGUGACAUGAGGCAGACCGGAGUGACUAGGGCGAGGUCGUUGAUGACACCGGUAACGGAUCUAGUCGAUGGACGCCAGGACUGACAGGUUGGACGGUAAUAUGCUUUCAAUACCUAAUGUAGAAUCAUCGUAUUGCGCCAC